AAUUACUCCCUCUCUCUCUCUCUCUCUCUCUCUCUCACACACACACACACACACUGAAAUGAUAACAGCUUUCUCUUUCUUCUCCCUGGUCUUGCUCUUACAUGUCCACUUCACAUUCUCUGCAUCCCUAAUGCAGGAUUCAGAAGCAGUCAGAUGGAGCUCAAUGAAGAACCAGACAAUGGGAACAGGAACAGGGCCAUGUAGAACUGGCAACCCUAUCGAUGACUGUUGGAGGUGUGACCCUGAUUGGGAAACCAACAGAAAAAUGCUAGCUGAUUGUGGCAUCGGGUUCGGGCGCAAUGCCAUCGGUGGCCGUGACGGUGAAUUCUACGUGGUGACGGACUCGGACCACGACGACCCGGAGAACCCGGCCCCCGGGUCUCUCCGGCAUGCAGUGAUCCAGGAUGAGCCCCUGUGGAUCAUCUUUGACCAUGACAUGGUCAUCCACUUGAAAGAAGAGCUCCUAAUGAACUCUUACAAGACCAUAGAUGGUAGAGGGCAUAAAAUUCAAAUAUCAAGCGGUCCGUGCAUCACCAUACAGAAUGUGACUAACGUCAUCAUACAUGGCAUUUACAUACAUGAUUGUGUGCCUGCCGGGAAUGCCAUUGUGAGAGACACACCAAGGCAUUUUGGGCAAAGAGGCACCUCAGAUGGGGAUGGGAUUUCGAUUUUCGGGGCUCGGGAUGUGUGGAUUGAUCAUUGCACACUAGCCAGCUGCAGUGAUGGACUCAUAGAUGCUGUGUUUGGAUCAACGUCCAUAACCAUAUCAAACUCAUACAUGUUUAAUCACAAUGAAGUCAUGCUCAUGGGUCAUAGUGAUGACUUUGUUCUUGACAAGAUCAUGCAGGUCACCAUUGCCUUCAAUUACUUUGGGGAAGGUCUAGUUCAGAGGAUGCCUAGAUGCAGACAUGGGUAUUUUCAUAUUGUGAAUAAUGUAUAUACUGGGUGGAAAUCUUAUGCAAUUGGAGGAAGUGCUUCCCCCACAAUCAACAGUCAAGGAAAUGUCUUCAUUGCAUCAGAUGACAGUUCUAUAAAAGAGGUGACGAAACGCGACACGGAACUAGGAUACCCGGAGUGGAAGAACUGGAAUUGGAGAUCAGAUGGAGAUCUGUUGCUGAAUGGUGCUACUUUUACACCUUCUGGAGAAGGAUCCGCUGGAAGCUAUGCAAAAGCCUCGAGCAUGGUUGCAAGACCAGCUUCACUUCUAACAACUAUAAUUCCUUCUGCUGGAGUUCUCAAUUGCGAGAUUGGCCAACAAUGCUUCUAAAUUCGGCACCCAGAAUUAUUGUUUUAUAGUAUUUGUUACUUAUUUUAUUUUAUUUUUCUUUAUAAACAAUUUAGAUUAUUGAUUGCUUUUGAUUUGAUGUUCAGAAUUUAUUAAGUUCUAGUCUUGUAGCAUUUUAUCUUCCUCUAAAGCAAAAAUUGAAGGGGAAGCGAGACUAUUGUUGUUUAUAGCUUUUAGUCAUAUUCAAUUACUUUACAUUUUUGUUUCAAUUAUGUCUGUUUUUUAAAAAUGAUUUAAUCAAAUUUAAUAGUUCUGCUCUUUCUUCUAA